AAUAAAAAAACUGAUGACAUAACCUAUCUUAUACAUUAUCUUUCUGUUUUAUUUUUGUAUAUCAAUAAAUAGUAAUUUCAAAACAUUACGAUAAUUUAUAAUUAUGAGUAAUCAACCUACAUCGGGCCCUACAGGAAAUAACGAAGAUGAUGAAUUGACUUUACCCCGAGCAAGUAUCAAUAAAAUGAUAAAGGAAUUAGUACCAUCUGUAAGAAUUGCUAACGAAGCAAGAGAGCUGGUUUUAAAUUGUUGUACAGAAUUUAUACAUCUAAUUAGUUCAGAAGCUAACGAAAUUUGUAAUCAGUUGCGAAAAAAAACUAUAAAUGCAGAACAUGUACUUAUGGCAUUAGAAAGAUUAGGUUUUGCUGAUUACACUGCAGAAGCUGAAGCUGUGUUGAAAGACUGCAAGGCUGUAGCUGCAAAAAGGCGAAGACAGAGUACAAGAUUAGAAAACUUAGGCAUUCCAGAAGAAGAGCUGUUACGCCAACAACAAGAAUUGUUUGCAAAAGCAAGACAAGAACAAGCAUUUGCUGAACAGCAGCAGUGGGAGCAAUUACAAGCUGCAGCACAACAAGCUCAGACUUCAGCUCUUGCUGCUACUGAUGACCAAGAAGACUAUUCAUAAUAUAAUUACAGCAUUUUUAUAUUUAAGAUGUAACAAAUAUAGAUUUUAAAUUCAAUUAAAGAGAUUCAUUUAAU